AUGGACUAUUAUGCUUUUGAUGCUAUAGAUUUAUGUCUAGUCCCAGAUGUAGUGAUUCCCCCUAAGUUUAAGGUGCCCGAAUUUGAUAAAUAUAACGAAAAUUCAUGUCCGAGGAACCAUCUCACCAUGUAUUGCAAGAAAAUGGCCGCAUGUGCUCACAACGACAAACUACUAAUCCAUUUCUUCCAAGAAAGCCUUAUAGGACCUGCACUAGGUUGGUACAUGAACCUAGAACAAGGUCGAAUUCGCACCUGGAAGGAUUUGGCUGAAGCUUUCAUCAAGAAAUAUAAGUACAACAUGGACAUGGCACCAGAUCGAACACAGUUACAGAAUAUGGUGAAAAAGGAUAAUGAAACUUUUAAGGAAUAUGCCCAACGUUGGAGAGGAAUAGCAGCACAAGUACAACCCCCUUUGUCUGAGAAAGAAAUGGUUGCAAUGUUCAUUGAUACACUCCAAUCUCCCUUCUAUGACAGGAUGAUUGGAAAUGUAUCAUCGAACUUUUCAGACCUAGUUGUCAUUGGAGAAAGAGUUGAAGUAGGAAUAAGGAGUGGGAAGAUUGCUCAAGUUUCAACUGAAACAAUUACAAGGAAACCAGUGACGAACAUGGAUAAGAAAAAGGGAGGUGAAACAAAUGCAGUUAUGCCCAACUACAACCCUGCAAUGAUACAAACCCCAUUCCCAACAACCUUUAACCCUACCCCUAUCGUAUCAAACUACCGACCCCAAUUCAUGUACAACCCCCAAAUAGCAUCAUUUUCGCAUCCACCAUACCAACCUCCUCACCAACCUAAAAUAGCCUACAACCCCCCAAUACCACAAACCCCAACAAUGCCAACACAUCAGACAAACCCAUCACAAAUUCCACAACACAAUAUGAGUAAUAGUCAAAAAAGGAAUAAUCAAGAGAGGAACCUUGUACCCAUCCCUAUGACCUAUACUGAACUUUUGCAACAUUUAGUUCGUAAUUCUUUGGUCACCUCAAAACCAUUAAAACCUAUUCAACCGCCAUAUCCAAAAUCAUUUGACCCAAAGGCUAAAUGUGAUUAUCAUGCAGGGGUCGUAGGGCAUUUUACUGAAAAGGGUUGGGCAUUAAAGUAUAAAGUACAAGAUUUGAUAGAUGAAGGAUUAUUGAGUUUUAAAGAAGAAAAUAUGAAUGUUAGCACUAAUCCACUCCCAGGACAUGGGAAUUCGUCAGUAAAUUCCCUUGAAAACGAACCUUAUCAACUAGUGAAGGAGGUGGUGCGAGUCAAAACCCCAAUGAAAAUCGUCUUUGAUCAGUUAUGUGAGUUCAAGGUGAUUGAUGGAGAAGUCCACAAAGCAGAGGACAAUGCAUCUGUACAAGGGAAUAAGCUUGACAUACAAGUUGCACUCUUGUAG